GUAAUCUAGAGGACACCGGAUUUAUUACGAAUAAAUAAACAUGAUAGCAUGUGAAAUAUAACAGCAUGUGUGACAUAACCAUAAAACAUAAAUUACUUUGGUGUUAUAAAUAAUAAAUUAUCAAAAUUUCUCCAUCUUUAACGAUCCCGCCGGCCAGGAAAAACCAACAAAUGUCGGAAACCUGUGUCCAAAUCCGUUGCUCGAAAGACCGUUUCCGGAGUCAUACUUGGACAGUAUACUUUAAGAUAUGACAUAUGACAACAACAAAAAUUCAUACAUGAGCAAAUACAUUGCACAAACAUUAUAAAAACCUAAUAAAGAACGAGCUCUGGAAUGUUAUAAAGAAACGAUAUAUAUAAAUAUCGUUAAGAAACUUGACUGUAUCAGUGUUGCGUAGAGAAUGAUUACUACACGGGAAUAUAUUUCCCGCUCAUUUAUUACAUGUACAUGUAAACAUGUGAUUAAUCACACGAUUAAUCAGACGAAACGUUAGUACAAUAACUUUCCUCUAUACUGCCAAACGCGGAAAAUUAUAAUUACCAACAGUUCACAAAGUUUCCUGGUCGCCAUUUUGUCGAAGGAUUAUUUUGUCAAGAAAUAUGGCAGACAAUUUCUGUGAACCGUGUACUGCGCGUGGUAUGACUUCAACAGCAUUCCAAUGGUGUACCGAAUGUGAAGAAGCCCUGUGUUCCGAAUGUACAGAGGCGCAUAAAGUUCAAAAAAUGUCAAGAAAUCACCAUUUGGUUGAGAUAGGUAAAAUACCGGAAAAAAUAGAUUUAUCUUAUAAUUGUUCAAAGCAUCAACAUUUACCUUUUGACUAUUUUUGUGUUGAUCAUGAUGUCAUUUGUUGUAAGGAAUGUUGGCCAAAAGAUCACCAAGCAUGCAAUAACGUCACAUCCAUUGACAUUGCAUCAAGGAAUUUUAAACAAUCGCAGUCGUUCCUGGAUUCUGAAGAACAGUUGCGCUUUAUUUUGGAAGCAUUAGAAAAAUUGAGCAAGCAUUGUACAGAUAAUGGAAGUCGAAUUAAAAUAGAAGAAACACAAAUUUUGAAUCAAAUAAAAACACUGAAAGAAAAUCUUAUAAAACAGUUGGAAGUUUUAGAAGAGUCACUUUUAAAACAACUAACUGAAAAGAAAGACAAAUAUGUAACCAGUUUAAAACGACAGGAGAAAUGUAUACGGGACUUAGUAAACUCUACAAAAGCUAAAAAGCAAGCAUUGGAAUUUGUUAGAGAUCAUGGUUCUGAAAAACAAGCCUUUGUUUAUAUUCAUUCAUCAAAACCAGUUUCAGAUGAAGUUGAACACAAAGUUAAACAGCUUACCGAAUCGCUUGUAGAUGCCAGUUUCAAAUUCGUUGAAAUCAUCUCAAAUGAAAAAUUAACAGAUUUCGGGUCAAUAGAAUUAAAGGAAACACCUUGUUCCUUUCCGUUUGUCCCCUACAAGCAGCGCCAGUCACAGGUUCCAAUUGUUCUGAAGCGCCAGAUAAUAGCAUUCACGUAUCUCUACGACAUCGACAUGAAAGGCGAAACAUUAAAAGGAGUAACUGGCAUGACGAUAACAGAUAAUAACACAUUGGUUUUCUGUGAUAUGGAUACGGAAAAGGUUCAUUUCUGUGACGAAAAAGGUAUCUACCAAUCUUCUAUCAGAUCUCCAUAUCAGCCAUGGGAUAUAACAGCAAUACCUGGUAUAAACACUGCUGUAAUAUCGAAUAGAAAUGAUCCGUACAUACAGUUUCUAGACAUCGGAAGACGUAGGAUAUCUAAUCAUGUAGAAGUGAAACGUUGUACACGUGGUAUUGCCGCAUCAAAGGAAAACAUAUUUGUAGCAGUUAAAGGAAAAAUACAGGUCUUAGACUUGGUUGGAAAUUUUAAGAGAACAAUAAGUCUUAAACAAGAACAGUUUGUGAUUAGGUAUAUGUCUAUUUGCUCAAAUGGGAACAUUUGUUAUUCAAACAACAGUGACGUUCAUUGCAUUACAUCAGAUGGGUGUCCUGUUUUUUCCUAUGCUUCAUCUGACCUCCGUAAUCCACGAAAUAUGAUAUCAGAUAAUGCUGACAACAUAUACGUUUUGGGUCGAGAUUCAAAUAACAUUCAUAAACUAAAUUCUACUGGAACUUUAGUCGACGCUUUAUUUGAAGAUUAUAUAUACGAUCCUCUUGCGUUUUGUGUCAGUAAGGACAUUUCUAAAUGUUACAUUGCACAUAAAGACGGAACAACAAUAUCCAUACUCAAAACAUAUAGGUAACAUUUUGAGGGAGUUUUGUAAAUAACUUUUUAAAGUGUUUUGAUAAAUUGCACGACAAAGGUUCGAUUAGAUUUUACAUUGAAUCUUAAUGGAAUAAAAAUUUUAUGUAUGAAGACA